AUGCCUGAAACGACCAAGGUGGUGCCACUCACUUGCCAUGGACACUCUCGGCCUGUCCCGCAUAUACACUUUUCCUCCAUGUUAGACGAAGACCAGUAUUACAUCAUAUCCGCAUGUAAAGACAACAAUCCUAUGCUCCGCGAUGGCAUCACUGGAGACUGGAUUGGCACGUUCUUGGGGCAUAAGGGUGCUGUCUGGCAAGCGCGACUCUCCUCUGAUGCCUCCUUGGCUGCUACAGCAUCAGCCGAUUUCUCUGCAAAAGUAUGGGAUACGCAUACGGGCGAAGCUCUCCAUACACUCUCGCACAAUCACAUUGUUCGCGCCGUCGCAUUUCCUAACCAGCCACACCCGCAAAUCCUUGCCACAGGUGGAAUGGAGAAGAAGUUGCGGAUAUACGAUCUUUCAAGAAGUGACUCGGCAACAAGCUAUGAGAUUGGCGCGGGGGUUCACGGCGGUACGAUCAAGUCUAUUGUAUGGACCUCGGACCCAAAUGUUGUAAUCACGGCAGCCGAGGACAAGAAGGUGCGUUGGUGGGAUCUAAGACAAGAAUCCACCAUUGGUGAACAUGUGGUUGAAGGCGCAGUGGGCACUUGCGAGUUGGAUAACACCUCCUCUGACGGUGUCUUGAGCGUGGCUGCUGGAAACAGCGUUUACUUCUUCAACAGUCUAUCGCCUGGAUCGCUCAUCAAAAGUAUCAAAACACCUUACGAAAUCGCCAGCGUAGCUUUACACAAUGGGCAAAGGAGGUUUGUUACUGGUGGUAGCAACCAGAACGACACUUGGGUCCGACUAUGGGAUUUCGACGAAGAGAAAGAGCUAGAGACUAACAAGGGUCAUCAUGGCCCGAUCUGGUCCGCGAGUUUCUCUCCAGAUGGCAAGAUCUACGCCACUGGUAGCGAAGACGGCACAGUGAAGCUAUGGAAAUUCACUAAUGGCCCUUACGGUCUUUGGAAAUAG